UAUUACGAGAUGAGACGAAGACUAAAUAUGCCAAGGAUGGAAAUGGUUGCAUUACGGACAACUGUGAGCCGGAAGCCUUAUGUUUUUAUGAUUGAAAACAGAAUCUGUCAAAAUUGUGUUCACAAUGGAACCCUGUUUUUAAAUGAUUUCUAUCAACAUUUAUCCGUUCAGGGUUUUAUCCUGUAAACUGAGUUUUCGAACUUUUUGUUACAAGGGAAGUUCCCCUACGUACAAGCUGACUUUGAGACAAAAAUUAACAAAAACACGGAGAAAUCCUUUGGCUUUUGUUUCUCUCGCGCGCUACUUUAAGUUAUCUCUAGGUAAACAGCUUAUAUCAACAAUGUUCGCCGGUGUAAUUUAGUUGUACGACCAUUAAUGACAAAACUUUGACAAUGUCUCCAUCCUUUGAAAAAUGUCUUCCACUUCAGUGUAAUUUCACUAAAACCUGGCGAUGCCAUCCGCCUGGGCAACUUCUCCUAAGAAAGGGUGGUCAGUGUGCUAGGGAAGCCUAAUGCUUCAAUCCGGCUGGAGUGUGGUGAUCAAUGAUGAGGCGAUAGUAGAUUGGAAUUGCCAUCGUAUUCAGUUUGAAAACUAAAUGCUUGUCAAAUUAUAGGAAGAAGCCAAACAAGAUUAUAUCGGAUGUUUCGAUAAAACCCAUUACAGCUAGACGAUCAAAAUUUAAUUUUAGACGUUUUCUUCGGCAAACAUACCCUGAUUUCACUUUGCAGAAUGAAAAAGCCCAGAAAUUUUAAUUACAAAGUUUGCGCAAUUUUUAAUAACUCGUACAAACUUGAUAGACAUUUCCAAACAAACUCUUUUCAUGAUGUGCCCACCCAUUUUCUGCAACUGCGAGCCACUCUCCUGUUACUAACUGAAUGAAAGAUCAAGAACCCACGCUAAAUUAGAGAUAAAUAUAGGGUCACAUUUCGUAUUUGCUCGCUAAAAGCUCAGGACAACAGCCCAAAUGUUCCAUUGUCUUCACAGUUGUAUAUCUACUGUACUCGAGUAGUCUCCAGUGAAUCCGGACUGGCGUUAUCAAAAAAAAAAUAUUAAUAUAAUGGUAAUGAAAGUUGAACAUUACGUAGGAAAUUUCACCAAACGGUGCACGCAAGCUUCUGAUUUUUAGGAAUAUUUUAAGUAGUCUUAGUACAAGAACUGGCUUGGGAACUAGACAAGAAACGACAUCGAUUACAUUACAACAGCUGUUGUAACAAAAAGGACUGCUUCAGCUAACUGCUCUGAAAGAACCGACAGUGAACAAGGCUUGUGAAGAACCAUGUAGCAUUGAUUCUUCCAAGGUGUAAAGAUGCUGGAGAACAACAUUUCACAAAUCACUGCUCGAAACGAAAGCCACUGUUAUUCGGAACAUAAGACCAUAAUCCAAACUUGGGGUAUCGUACUGUUUUGUUUAGCCAACUGUUUGUCCGGUGCAGUGGCGAUCUGUGGAAACUUACUUAUCGUGUCAGCUGUUUAUAAAACAACCACGCUACAAACGCCAACCAACUUCUUCAUUUCUUCCAUGAGCUUGGCGGACCUCCUCGUCGGUCUUGUCGCGAUACCGCUCUGGAUCGCGCGUGCGGUGUUGAACAUCACAGAAAACACUCACGUUCUUUGCUUAAGCAGCGACUUCAUCACCAUACAGACUUUAAUGGCGUCGACAUAUAGUCUCUGCAGCGUUACAGUAGACAGAUAUGUCGCCAUCAUCUUGCCGUACAAGUACAACCAUAUUGUAACACAGAAGAGAUGUUUCGCCGCCAUUUUGAUUGCUUGGGCGUUUACCAUGGUCUUAGCGAGUUUCCGUUUUAUCGUCGGCUUGCGAUCCGAGCUGCCGAAGUUCUACAUGGCCGCAGCAAUAUUUGGCAUCGAUCUUCCGAUUGUUGUCAUCUGUUUCUGCUACGCGAAGAUCUUUAAAGCCGCCAAAGAGCAAAGAACAAAAAUCUGUUCCUUGACAUCGAGUGUCCGUGCGGCUUCCCUGAGGCAACGUAAAGCUGCUUACACUAUAGCCAUAGUAAUAGGGGUGUAUAUGAUAUUUUGGACGCCAACGUUUAUCGUAUGCUUUCUCGAUUUUACUCUCCACUUGUGUUUUUACGAUGCUUGGCUCGCUACCGUUUCAGUAUCUUUGGCCAAUUCAGCAUUGAACCCAUGGAUUUAUGCAGCGCGGAACAAGCAAUUCUGGCGAGCUUUCAAACGCGUUUUGCGUGUGUCAUCGCGACUCUAAGCUGAGAACAAAGAAGUUUGCAAGUCGAUCGAUGCAUCCAUCUCCAUGGCCAUAGUCAUCAACACAGUCAAAAGUACAGACGAUAAAAAGAAGCUGCUUGCUGCAUGCGUCUUCAGGUAGCAUUUUUAAGACCUCACUCACAGUUUUUCACUAUAUGGACCUCUCAGUCGGCAAAUAACAUAUACAUUUUAGAGUAGAAUUCUAACCAAAUUCCUUUCAAUUCAUUAGCGAUUUACAAUUAUUUCUCCGCAUACAUUGUAGUAUUAUUUCCCGCUUUAGCAAAAUCAAGCGCGGAUUGAAUUAUUGAUUAAACCUUGUAGCUGUUUGCACGCGCUCACAGGUCUUAUAGUCGCAUGAAACUCCAUUUAAUUUCUUAAGUGUUCUUUGGAAUUGAUUUAUCUUGUUAUAUUUCAAACUCUUCCUCGAAACAGCGAAGAAAUGCAGAGAAAACACUCUAGCCACUAAUGGCUGAUAGUGUAGGAGUAGCUCAGCCAAUCAGAUUGCUGCAUUUAUAUUAGCAUACCAGUAGAAUUCUGCUCAUAGUAAUCAGAGGAGCAGCACCUUGAAAGAGGCUGAGAUUACGACAAAUUU